AUGGGGUCCAUCGAUGACCCCAAUCAGUCUUUCACAGAUGAAAAUGUUUGCAAGUAUUUUCUUACGGGUUUAUGCCCCCAUGAUCUCUUUGAGAACGAGGCUGGUUUCCUUACUCUUAAUAUUCGCAAUAACUACCACAACAUGAAGAAUAAAUUUUACUUGGGCCCGUGCAAGAAGCGCCACAUAGAAACCCUCAGAGAUCAGUACUUUGAGGCCCGCAAGCAGAAGAGGUACGGGUUUGAGGAGCUGGCGGUUCAGCUGUGUCGAGCUCUGGUAGAAGAAGCAGAUAAAAAAGUUCAAACCGCCCAGGGUCUAGGAUCCCGUUUGAAGUGCUUUCACCUCGAAAUAAAAGAGAUGCGUGUCGAUUGCGCCUCUCUUCCUGGGGUUGGAGACAAGGCUUUUCUAGGGUUUACGGUUCUGGCGGUUGCGGCGAACGACACGGACCGGCGUCUCGAUGAGCAUUUCUCUGGGCGCGUACAUUUAGGGUUUCAGAAGCUCCGCGACGCCCUCAAAAAAAACUUAGAGUAUAUUGCGCAGGCUCCGAUGCCAGACCAGGAUCUAUCGAGAAUUCUUAUCAACAUGCAAGAGCAAGAACAAGUGUUUAAGCAGUUACAAGCCCAAGAAGGAGAAGCAUUUGAUAUAGGUUCUGUAUUUGCUGCUGCUCAGAAGACACAGCAGGAUUUGUUUGGUUUACAUCAGCAGCAGAAGCAGCAGCAGCAGCAGCAGCAGCAGCAAAAAAAAGAUGCAGAAAAAGAAGAGCAGCAGAAACUGCAGGAGCAGCUAAGACAGCAGCUACUCAAACAAAAACAGCAGCAGCCUAUCCCUGACUUUCUUCUGAAGCAGCGGCAGCAGCAGCAGCAGCAAACAGAGAGGGGGACAGACAGAAGAAGUCCGAGCAUCACGAGAGAAGCAUGCCCAGCAGCAGCAGCAAUUGCUGCUGCUGUUGCUAGGAGAAAACCAAAAACACCCAGCCGCAGCGCGAGCCGCAGCAGGAGCAGCAGCAGGAGCAGCAGCAGAAGCAGCAGCAGAAGCAGGAGGAGCGAUAGUGGCAGCAGAAGCAGCAGCAGGAGCAGCAGCAGGAGCAGCAGCAGGAGCAGCAGCAGGAGCAGCAGCAGGAGUAGUGGCAGCAGAAGCACUAGUAGAAGCAGCAGCAGAAGCAGCAGAAGCAGCAGCAGAAGCAGCAGAAGCAGCAGAAGCAGCAGCAGGGACACAGAUAGACGCAGCAGCAGCAUACACGCAGACAAAACAGAAACACAUGCAACCAACAGCAGCAGCAGCAGCAACAGCAGCAGCAGCAGCAGCAGCAGCAAGCUUCUUGCUGCAGCAGAAACCACAAACAUCAGAAACGGCCAGACGAACCCAGAGAAGCAACCCGUAGUCAGCAGCAGCAGCAGCAGCAGCAGCAGCAACAGCAAGCCGAGCAGCAGCAGCAGCAGCAACAGCACUAAGCCAAGCAGCAGCAGCACCACCACCGCCAAAACUAGCAGUACCACCAGCAGCAGCAGCAGCACCAAGCCGAGCAGCAGCAGCAGCAAACCAAGUAGUAGCAGCAGCACCAAAUCAAGCAGCAGCAGCAGCAGCAGCAGCAACAGCAAGCCGACCAGCAGCAGCGGCGGCAGCAGCAGCAAGAGCAGCAGCAGCAAACCAAGCAGCAGCAGCAGCAGCAGCAGCAGCAGCAGCAAACCAAGCAGCAGCGGCAGCAGCAGCAGCAGCGCCAAGCCGAGCAGCAGCAGCAGCAGCAGCAGCAAACCAAGCAGCAGCAGCACCACCACCAAACCUAGCAGCAGCAGUGGCAGCAGCAGCAAACCAAGCAGCAGCAGCAAACCAAGCAGCAGCAGCAGCAGCAGCAGCAAACCAGCCAGCAGCAGCAGCAGCAGCAGCAGCAGCAGCAAAGCAGCAGCAGCAGCAGCAAACCGAGCAGCAGCAGCAGCAGUAAGCCAAGCAGCAGCAGCAGCAGCAGCAGCAGCAAGCCAAGCAGCAGCAGCAAAUCUGGUGACAGCAGCAGCAAGAAGCGCACAGCCUCAGAAGAAGGCGGCAGCAGCGCGAAGAAAUCCCGCGACAGCAGCAGCAGCAGCAGCAGCAGCAGCAAACACAGCAGCAGCAGCAGCAGCAGCAGCAGCAAACACAGCAGCAGCAGGAAGCCAGUGCGGUCACUGUCAGCGGUUUGCGCCUGAAUACGAGAAAGCAGCAAAAGCUUUAAGGGGUUUAGCUUCUGUUGUUGCUGUGAAUGAUGAAACCCUAAUGCAAGAAUUUGGGGUUUCAGGGUUUCCUACUGUUAUGGUUGUUGUUGGUAGAGGAGGAAACAAACCCAAAACAUUUAAAUAUGAAGGCAACCGCGACGCGAGCUCUUUGUUAGAGUUUGUGGUUAUGCACAUAGGCAAGCUAGCAAGAGCCAGGCUAGCAGGAAAGAUCGACUCCGGCAGCGGCAGCAGCAGCAAGAGCAGCAGCAGCAGCAGCAGCAGCAGCAGCAGCAGCAGCAGCAAACCCAAAAGCAAAGGCCCAUCGGAGGUUAUUGACUUGAAAGAUACAAACUUCGAUAAAAUGGUUAUGCAAGACGAGGAAAAUGUUUGGUAG